GGCGCUCACCUUCUUUCCUUUGUGCCAUGUCGACGUACACAGCUGAGUCGAAGGGAAGAAGACACGUACUUCAGUGCUGCUGUCGGAUAAGCAAACAAUAGCUGCUAAGCUAGCAAGCGAGCCGAGUUAGCUAGCAAGUAUGCUACAGUAGCUUAUAAAUUGAGCUCGCUUCAUCCUCGCGUCACACACAGGUGAAGCAACAGAUAUGUACAUCUCUACUUCUUGAGAGAGAAUAGGAGUUAGUUAAAAACCAUUUAAAGACGUCAAAAUAACCAGAAUAAUGCUCGGACCUCUCCAGCUGCUCUCUCCUCCAACUUCCACCUCCAGAGAAUUUGGUAAAACUGAAGGCAAACGGGGACGCCGAGAUCUCGGUCGUUCAGCGCCAGUUUCCAUUCAAAUUCAUGUUAAGUUAAAGUGGAUUUGGCUGUCAGAAAAGAUAAAAAGCAGUGCAUAUCUUGAUUAUUUAUACCUGUUAGAUCAGGUGAAUCCGUUCUUUACAUCGGCCAAUGGAUCUCUUUGUUUAAUACAACAUCAAGCGUAAUUUUGACAGUGAUUGCAGUUUAUUUUGAUUAAAAAGACUGAGGGACUAAAGUUUAGUUUAUUAAAUGUAAGGCGAAUUAAAGCUUAUUUUUAGAAAACUGUCGAAAGUCAGGUGAGCAGGGUGUCAUACUACCAAAAAUAAUCAGAGUUAAUACAAUUUUAAGGUCGAUUUAAAUUGCUAACUUUCCUGAACUGUGAUAAUAUCCACAAGCAGGUUUUGCAUAUAUCAGGCUAGAGCUCCCCGUGUGUCUGAGUCCUGCAAUAACAGCAGUUUUGGGCGUGCGCACAGCAAGCCAGCUAUAGGACGGGGUGGAAGCGAGAUGAGAAUUUUAAGCUCAGCAUCAGCACCGGGCUGAGUUAAGAUUUGCGCACCCAUCAAACUUGGCUUGGGACCUCGGCAUGUGAACGGGCUUUGCAGGAGGAGGAGGAUCCACCUAGAAUGUCAGCUCUGAAGAAGGUGUUGCCAGGCAUACUGCAGAAGCAUUGCUGUAUCUUACCAGACAGGAACACAGGUGUGAAGAGGUUGCUGAUGAAAUUGAAGAGCAGGGAGAUAUACUCAGAAUCACAGUGCACACUGUGUGGUGAACCAGAAGACCAACAGUAUUCAUGGUCGCCCUCACAGUACUUCGAUGAGGACAGCUACUCCCCUCCACCCAGGAACAUGAAGGGUCUCUCAGGCGGCCGCCCAGCCCAGCUCCAGCUCACCUCUCCCACCUCCGUCCACACCUGCGGCCUGGCUGAUUGCGACCAUUCCCUGGACCACCACCUCCACCAUGGCGACUCACGGCCCCCCUCCUACCUCCUCAGUCCCACCGAGAGCUGCCCCCUUGAUGGCCACCACCGCUGCUCCCCACGAAGCUCCAUCCACUCCGAAUGCAUGGUGAUGCCGGUGUCCAUGUCAGCCACUGAUCACUCCAUCUCUAGUAGCACUUUCCCCCGCAUGCACUACGGCAGUGCUUCGCGGGACAACGGUGGAAACACGUCUGGCGGCAGGGAUUCCCACGACGACGGUGGCUCAUCCUCGCGUGGUGGCAGUGGCAAAAUGAACCGAAUCCCAGCCAACCUCCUGGACCAAUUUGAGAAACAGAUGCCGCUGCACCGGGACGGCUUCCACACAUUGCAGUACCAACGCACUUCCACCACAACCACAACUACAGAGCAGCGCAACGAAAGCCCCGGGCGAAUCCGCCACUUAGUCCACUCGGUACAGAAGCUCUUCACAAAGUCGCACUCCCUGGAAGGUUCCUCCAAGAUGAACGGGACCAAAAGCGACUCACACAGGGACAGCUCACACCACCACCAUCACCACCACCAAGGCCACCACAAACACAGCAAACGCAGCAAGAGCAAAGAUCGUAAAUCUGAUGGCAGCGGCAAGCAGCGCUCAGGAGGUUGGUGGAGUUCCGAUGACAACCUUGAUAGUGACAGCACGUACAGAACACCGAGCGUCAUGUCACGGCAUCCUGUGGACCACAUCAGUCACUGUUACCCCGACUCAAUGCAUGGCCAUCUGGGGGGAGACCUGUCACUAAAGACCUCCAAGAGCAACAACGACGUCAAGUGCUCAGCCUGUGAGAGCAUAAGCAUGGCACCCGAAGGCAAGUUCAUGAAGAGGAGCUCCUGGUCAACGCUAACGGUCAGCCAAGCCAAGGAAGCCUACAGGAAGUCCUCACUCAACCUGGAGAAACCCAUGACGCCCACAGACCUCAAGCCCAACCUCAGGCCCUGUCACUAUCUACAGGUGCCCCAGGAUGAAUGGGGGGGUUAUCCUGGUGGAGGGAAGGAUGAUGAGAUCCCUUGUCGCCGGAUGCGGAGCAGCAGCUACGUUAAAGCCAUGGGGGACGAGGAGAGCGGAGAGUCGGAUUCCAGCCCCAAGGCAUCGCCUCAGAAGUCGGUGCGACCAGACGCCCUAGUCAAGGCCAUCAUCAGACCCAGGGACCUGCUGGACUCCCAGAGCUCUUACCGCCUGGAUAAAAUCAACAGCGACAUGCGUAACUACAUCACCAAUUUUGCUGCAGACUUAAGUCAGAGCUACCACUUGCAAGCCACCAGGGACAUGCACCCAAGCAUUGCCCUGGAUCCCUCUGCCAACUACAACUCGCCCAAGUUUCGCUCCAGGAACCAGAGCUAUAUGCGGGCCGUCAGCACCCUCAGUCAGGCUAGCUGUGUUAGCCAAGUGAGCCAGGUGAGUGAAACUGAAAUAAAUGGCCAGUUUGAGUCUGUGUGCGAGUCGGUGUUCAGCGAGGUGGAAUCUCAGGCCAUGGAGGCUCUGGACCUGCCUGGCUGCUUCAGAACCCGGAGCCACAGCUACCUGCGAGCCAUCCAGGCCGGCUACUCCCAGGACGAUGAAUGCAUCCCCCCCAUAGCUUCUACUGUCACCUCCACCAUCAGGUCCACCACAGACAGAAAUUAUGUGCAGGAAGACUCUUGUUUACCUGACCAGACCAGUGUUCAUGAGGAUUUGGCAGACACGACCCCUUUGACUCAUGAUGAUCUAGGCUGCCCCGUCAGAAGAGACAGGCUUUACCGCCAAGAUAGCAUUGGGGCUACAGCCAAACCUCUGUCUGGACCGCCUGUUUCUCCAAGUCUCUUCAGAUCUCCCAGAUCUAGUGCCCCGGAAAGGCCAUCGCCAAAAGCCAUCCAGGCCAGUAUAAAAGAGUCGGCCACCUUGGCUGCAGCUAUUAGCAUGCAGUGGAAGGAGGAGGUCUCGGCCAUGCGUCGAGAGUUAGCUGAACUGAGGAGGGACCUCUGUAAAGAACUUUGUGCUUUCAACAGUAAUUUUAACACUUUCACACAGCAUUACAACACAUGGUCUCCCCAAGGUGCCAACAUGGCAGCUGGACCUGGGACAGGUUUAGGUGGAGGGGUUAUGGCUGGCACAGGGACAGGAACAAGGGCAGGGGCAGGUGCAGGGGCAGGAGGAGGAGCAGAGCUCGGGGCAGGACUACUUGGAACUGCUACUGCAGAGAGAGGCACUGGGGGAGCUAGAGAGAAGAUACCCCAGGUGUCUAAAGUGUCUGUGGGGACCCAGGCCAGAAGCAAGGUCUUGGUAAGACAAAGCACUGCAGAUGCAGCUGUGAACUGUCCAGAAGAGAAGGAUGAAAAGAAAACAACCCGCAAAAGUCUGCCAAAACAGCUGUCAAUGGACCCAAGCAUCCUUGCCUGUCCACAGUCAAUGUAUGUGGAGAGUGCCAUACCACUUACUUUGGAUCCAGUACUUCCUGGCUCUGUUAGAGCAGUCCAGCCAGGGACAUUUGACUUGACUGCUCUGCCCUCCACUUCUCAAACAGAACAAGAGCCACAACCAGAGCCAAAAACAGAGCUAAAACCAGAACCGAAACCAGUGCCGCAACUAGAGCCACAAACAGAUAAAAAACCAGAGCCCGAACCACAACCAAAAACAGAGCAAGAACCAGAGCCUAAACCAGAGUCUGUCCCAGAGCCAGAACCAAAACAAGUACCAGAGCCAGAACCAGAGCUGCCAGACUGUGCAAUUGUGACUUCAUCUGCCAUAGUUACUAUUGAGACAGUCACCAGUCAUGAUACACUGCCACUUUCAUCAGAAACAGCUCCUACAAGUUCCCAGGAUUCGAUGACAGUGCAAGAAGAAGAAAUACUAAUUGCUCCACAACUAAUAAAUGUAAGCUCAGCUAAUGAGUCUCAUUCACAUACUGAACCAUCUCAAUCUGAUAACAUGAAAUCCCCAGACUCAGAACUAAUUGAAAGGGAAAAGAUACAACUGCCAUAUCCAGUCCCUGUCGUUACUGUGUCUCCACCAGAGGAACAUGAUCAUGACAUAAUGUCGGAUUCAGAGUCUCCAGAUCCUGUAACUGUGGACAAACCACAUCCAGUCCCUCAAGACCCUACUACUGUGUCUUUACCAUAUUCAGGUGUAGACCCAGAUCCGUCAGACACAACAGAAGUGGAUCCAGAACCUCCAGAUUUAACCACAAUGUCUUCACCUAACCCCAGUGGUCAAGGCCCAACCUCAGUCUCUGAUUCCCCCACACUUGAUCUUGAUACUGUUACACCAUAUAAUUUAGAGACUGACAUCAGUUGCCCAUCUAUUGUGGUGUCAGAAUAUCUUGACUUGGACUGUCCUGCAAGUCCAACUGACAGUGACACAAAUCCAGAGCCCAUUGUCACCCUUCCUGAUUAUGAUUCUGAUCUUCCCCUUGAGCAAAAUACAUCAGUCUCAACCUUUGCUUCCAGCUCAGUAGAAACUCAACCAAACACUGAACCAGAUUCCCAAGAGUCAGAGUGGCCACCCCUCCCAGAACCACUGGAUACCACCCCUAUAUAUCAUGCCGAUUUGGUACACUUUGAUUUAGUCAUGCUAACUUCCCUAGAUCAAGAUGACCUAGAUUCAGUGUUCAUGGAUCCUGAACCAGAGCCUUUUGACCUGAGUGUUGACUCUUCAUCUAAUGCUGAGGAUUUAGACCCACCCAUGUACCAGUCAGACUGCCAAAGUUUACCGACUGUUGACCCUGCCACAACUUCCCCUUUAGAUGCUUCACAAUCAACGGAGUUGGUCUGUUUGGAUCCAGCUAUGGAGUAUCGCUUAGCUCACAUGCCUCAGGAUGUAGCCUCAGAAUUACAGGAAAUUCCAUUGCCACAGGUGACUGUCACUAUAUCACCUCCUAGUUCAGUAUCACCUGAUACGUCACUGGAAAUAGACUUUGGACCCAUGAGUCCAGACCCAGAUCCUGAUCUACCUGGUAUAGAUCCAUCACCACCAGAUCUCCAGGACAUACCUUCAGUGGAUGUGGAGCUCAUGGAGUCAGAUGAUGUUAUAGCAGAAACACUGGAGUGUAUGUCUGUAUCCCUGGAGACUCUGGGACCUGCAGAAGAGGGGACCUUCAGUAGUGCAGAAAGAUCCUCAAGCGAUCAAGCCUUUCUGUGGUACAGGUGGCAGAGGAGGGUCCAGAGAAGAGACUCGGUGCGCAGGAGUGCCAGUGUGGAACUAUGGAGUGGCAGAUAUGAGUACAACAGUGCAGAAAUCACAUAUGUGUCUCUCACUCUGUGAGCUCAUACCUCAUUCUCAGCAGACAAAAUGUAGCUCAAAGUUUAUUUAUAGCUCAUGGUUUGUAGCUGCCAGUGCACUGUAGAGUAACGUACAGAUAUAAAUGUCAUGUGUUCAUUGGCAUUCAAGCGUGGACUUCUUCUAUCUACACAUACCUGCAGUGACAUUCCAUAAUAAAAUGACUGCAUUGGUAGCAGCAUAACCAUCUUUCAUGGACCACAAGAUACUGCAAGAAUGUAAUAAACCUACUGUGUUGACAAAUGUACUGAAGAAUAAUACGUCAAAAACAUUUAAUGAAAGCAGCAUGAACUUCUCUGAAGCAGCUGUCACCACUGAUGUGAAUUAUCUUCCAGGACAGAACUCCUUAAUUCAGCGUACCGUGUAAAUCAUUGGAUACACGAGUAAUGAAUGUUCUUGUUCUGUCAUUAUCCAAAAAGGUUCUACUCAUCUACUUUAAGAGACUCUUUUUAGAGCUCCGGUACAGACUGCAGACAAGAUGGUCUAAUCUGAACGAGGUCUUGACAAUCCUUGCAGUGAGGACGGAAACUUUCCUUUUCUUGACUCAUUUUGAACUUUAUGUGUAUUGUCACUCUAAAGUGGAGUGAAGUAAAUAUCAGCAGUUAUCAUAUAACUAUAAAGACAUACUGUUUACUAUGUGAGCUGUUGGAUGGACAGUUAAGAAGAAAAAAAGACAUAAUGCUGCGGAAUGAUGUUUGCACAAACUUUGAUGGAGCUGGAAUACUGUACUGUUACAGUUGUAUGCAAAAGUUUGGGCAAUUUAUAUAUUCUGUUGACAUUUUAUGUGAAAAGAAAUGAAUAUUCUCCUUGUAGCAAAUGACUAUUUCUUGAAAUAUAAAUGCACUUAUAAAAUUAAACUGUAAAGGUGACAUGCAAACAUUUGGGCACCCAUUCAUUUGUAGGGACCCAAAACAUCAUUAACCAUUGAACAUCAAGUCAGAUCGAUUUGGAAAAGAUAUGGAGUUUGCACAGCGGUGCCCAAACUUUUGCAUACAUCUGUAAUUUAUUAAAAAAAUAACCCUCAUCAUUUGCACUCACUCAAAUACAAAUACAAACCAGUACAGUUACAGUAUGUAGCCUCUUUGUAGACACAACCUCAUGUUACCUACAUGCACAUACACUUUGCAGUCAAACAUAAACACAUAUCUUUGCUGAACUGUAAGUAUAAAUGCAUUUACUGAAACAAAAGAACACUCUACAUCAUUACAUUUGUCUUAUAAUCUGACUAUACAAAAAACAGGCUUUGUUGAGAGGUGAUAUUGUAUUUUUUACUGUAAGAUAUCAUCUUAAUGCUCAGGAAACAAAGACUGAGAAUGUAAUACCAAUGGGACAUAAGUGUAAUGACAUGUUGAAUUGUGUUCCUUCCUGAAAACAGGUGUGUGUCAUUGUGUGGCUAUUUUUUUAAUAUGUGUGACACUGAAUGAUGAAAAUAAUGUUGUAAUGGUGCAUGACAGAUGGCCUCGAUAUUUUGUGCAUUUCAUAUACGGUGCCUCACUGUAAGUAUUUGGUUCUAUUCAUAGUUUUGUUUUGAUAUUCAGUGCAAAUGAAAAGAGCCUACAUACCACCGAAGACGCAGAAUUCUGUUACCAGCAAUGAAUAGCUAAAAAGCCAGGCAAAUUACAAGAUAUAUCUGUGCUAUCUGUCCAAUUAACGGGCUCUAUAUGGAAUCGCCCACUGAAGUCUGUGCUCUAAUAAAGUGCAGUGGAACAAAAAGAAUCUUUCAGCAGAACAUCAGUGAGCUGCCAGAAAAAGAUUUGCCUGUGUGUUGUUUUGAAUUGAAUAUGCGCAGAGCACUUUAUAAAAGUUUGCUAAAUUGGCUGCAUCUGAAAGGUUUUCAAAGGGUUGGGAGAUUAAUUAUUGUUAUAUUCAUUUUGCCCAUUUCACCAACAUAAAGUGUACCACCCUCUUCCUCUGUGGGCCUCUUCCACAUUUAACCUCUCCUUUGCAAAGCUACUAUCUAAAAACUGUUUCAUUACGUAUAAUCAGUAAAUAAACUGCUGCAGUAUUCAGUUAGGCAAGGAAAGAUAAUGGCAUAUUUCUACUAUGAACUUUGGAACUGAGGGAAUGGUGCUAGUGAGUAACUUUACUGAACUAAAUUUAGAUUUUACAGAGAAAACAUACUGACUAACCUGUGUUUAUCAUAACACAGUAUUUACUGUUAUAUUAUUAAAACCCAAAUAAGCCAGUCUCCUCAAUGGCAAGAAAAGCAAGCGAUCUGCCCUACUUUAAUUUACAGAAUUGCUUAGGCUACUUGCUUCUUUAAACUACAAUCUUUCAUCAAGAUCAAGGUUAGUUUAAAAGGGUGAUAACUUUUGCUGGAACAUUAUCUGAGUUUCAUUGUUAUUUUACACUUCACCCUGCUCCUUUAUACAGGCCCACAUAUCCAAUUUCGUCUUGGGGAACAAUAAAUACAGUAGUUAUACCCUCACUUUCUUUAAGAGUUCUUUUACUGUUAAUUAAAAUGAACUCUGACAAACAGAAGAAGUUGUGGUGUCCUACAUGAAAGACGAAAAGAUGUUCAUGUUCAGAGUUCUGUCUCAGUGUUAUCCUUUUCACCUAUACAAACACGCUGGGGUUUGCAAAGGUCUGCAUGACAUACAUCUUGUCAUCUUCCCACAUCUGCAGACAUCCACGUAGUAGUAUGCAUGCACAGACUAUGUAGAAAUAUGUAUAAAACAAGGUCCUUCGAGCUGGCUAGUAAGUAGUAUAAUAACAACAACUAAGCGUCCGUUGUUUCUGCAGCUGUCCGUUUACAUGUAUAAUCAACGUUUAAAGAAUACAGUCUACUGAAUGUAGUCUUGCAUACCUGGUACAUGAAACACAUGAAGACAGAACUACUAAAACUGCUGCACUCAAACCAAAGCUUUCAUAUAAAAGAUGGACUUAGCCUUUGAGUCUGAAGAGUGAAGCCAAAGCAGAAGUGUCUCAAACCUGCAUUCUUUCUAACGACCAGCAGGGGGCGACUCCUCUGGUUAUGAAAAGAAGUUCUUUUGUACAGAAGUCUAUGAGAGAAUGGCCCUACUUGUCUUUUCUUUUGUAACCUGAGUUAAACAUUUUCUUCAUGAUUUUAUUUUCUCAACUGGUAGAUUCAAGACUUUCUGAAUACAGAGUGUUGUUCAGUUUGGUCCCAUUCAGACUGAAAUAGAUGAUGAAGCAGUCUAUGUGUUGGGGCAGAUCUACCUGGUGACUCUCAUAUCAUCAUGCGUACUGUCCUAGCAGUUCUUAGUCAGAUCCACUGCUUGCUCAUUUAGUCCGGUUUCCAAGAACCAAGAUGGCCAUGACUCAGUGCUUCAGAAUGGUUGUCCACAAACCAGUUGGUGACAUCAAGGUUGCUCAGUCCAUAAACAAAGCAUGCCUUCAGUCGUUAUCCAUACCACUCUGUUGCAUGGUUAGUACACACAGCUCCAUUCACAUCACUGAUAAAUCACAUAAUUACAAAACUGUACUGACAGUGAUUGGUGUAAUGUCUUCAUAUAAUUUAUUUCUCAUAAAUUUGUGAAAUUUAAAAAAAAGCAUUUUCAGGUCGGUGGUAAAAUCAUGUUAGGGUAACUGAGCCACAUCAGAUUAUACAUGUGAACCACUUCAGACAAACCCUAAGAACAAGUCAGUGCGUCUGUCUGAAAGAUGCAUUAUUAUAAUAAACAUUAAAACAUGAAAAUAGCACCAUAGCUCCAGGCAGAGUAGGGAAAUAAACAGUAUUCAUAUAGAUGUUGAUUACUCCUGUAUUGUUUGCUCUCUGUACUAAAACUGUUCCCCUAAAACACAGUGAACUUGGACUUACAUGAUGAUGUGCCACUCUAGUGAAGGCAAGGGUGUUUUUGUUUUCUUUAAUUUUGUGAAAAUACAUAGAUCCCAUUGUACAAGAUGA